GCAACCUGCGGACGCCAGCUGGGGCUGAAGUGGAAUUGCCCUCUUUUACACCUUUUCCAGGUCUCCUGCUCUGGAUCUGGGCUUUCCUGAGCUUGUUGGGUCAGCUCACGGUGGCUUCCCUGUGUCGCCCACCUGUCCAGGGGUCCCAGUACAGUAUACUGCAUGAUAAAUACAUGAACCUGAAUGGAUUUGGAGGUUAAAGGAGUUGCUGCUUCUCCUACGAGCCAAACCCAGCCAUUCUCUGGAAGAAAGAAGCCACUACAACAGGGAUGGACUUCUGGACCAUGGGCAAUUCAGAAUGCGUACCCACCUGUGGUCCCACGACUUGAUUUGGGAAGCCUGGUUGACUCUGAUGAUGAGGAUGAUUAUUCAUAUAUUCCACUUAGUACAGCGCAUAUUUAUUUUAAUCCACCAAAUUCAUCUUCUACUCUUGGUUGGGUCCCAUCAUGUCAAAUACCAUAUACUCAGCAUCAUCUAAAAGAACUGGACCAGGACAUAAUACCUGAAAAUUUACCAGCACCAUCAAGCAAAUAUAAGCUAAAAUAUCAACAAUAUAACACUGAAAUGAAAGAGGGAUAUAAACAGUAUAGUCAGAGAAAUUCAGAGAAGACAAAAUCAAAUGUUCCACAUCCAGAGUCCCCAGAAAUCAAGAUAGAUGACAAGUGUGUACAAGGCAAGGAGAGCAGCGUGGAUGGCCUUACCACUCUGGACAGGAAAGCCCUCCUACAGCAAGGUUUUGCAGAAAGCCCUUGCAAUGCACAACACAGUACAAGAAAAUCAAAUGCAGGCAUAGCAGAGAGCUGGAUCAGAAGAGGAAGAGGAGCAGCUGGAACACAAAAUGAUGCCCAGGAAGUAGUGGCUGCAGAGAAGAAGAAACAAACUGUAGCAGAGCAGGUGCUGGUAGAUUACUUAUCUCGGGCUGUAAUCAGUGAUCCAGAACAAAAUUUAACCCUGGAGAAGCAAGAAAGUACUUGUAUCCUUCCAGAUUCAAAGGUGGCACCUCUUCGAUUUAGGAAAAGAACACUACAUGAAACAAAGAUCAAAACGCAAUCUACAUUAACUGAAAAUGUGCUUUCUCAUAAAGUACAAUUUGAUGGUAGGAUCAUAACAAGAAAUGGACGUGAUGCUUGCAGAGAGCUGAUUGGAUUCUUUUUUACCCAUGACCAGUCCCUUACAAUUUAUGAAUAUCGGCAAUUUGGGAAAAAUAGAACAAAUGUGCUUCCUUUUAUUCAUAAGAGCAUUUAUAGUCAUCAGUGUGGACGAAGAAAAGGAAAACAAUACCAAGUUGGUGAUUUUUAUACUGGUGCAACAUUGACAUUUUUGAGUUCUGAUCACCCUGGCCUUCCAGAAAGCAUAAAAAAAAACACAUUACUGAGAGUUCGAAUCACAAAUAUUGAUCAAAUGGUUUUGGAUUCCCUGAAAACUGCUUCUGUGGAACCUGAUGAUGAUAUAAUCUGUCAAGAAGCCAAUGAUAGCCUUGUCUUAAAGGCCAUUCAAGAUGUGUUAAAAGAAAAACUACAUAAAAGAGGUGUUCGUAUUUUGACUGGACUGGGAAAAUACUUUCAACAAUUGGACAAGGAAGGAGAUGGACUUUUACAUAAGUCAGAUUUUAAGCAAGCUCUGAAAGUGUUUCACUUUGAAAUAUCUGAAAAGGAUUUUGAAUCUCUGUGGUACAUUCUGAAUGGCAAUGACAAUGACAAAGUUGAUUAUGGAGAAUUUAAACGUGCAAUUAUUGGUGAAAUGAAUGAAUACAGGAAAUCAUUUGUUCGAAAGGCCUUUAUGAAACUGGAUUUCAACAAAACUGGCUUUGUGAGUGUCAUAGACAUAAGCAAAUGUUAUUGUGCAAAAAAGCAUCCCCAAGUAGCUUCAGGCCAUUCCACAGAGGAAGACAUCAAAUCAUCUUUUCUAGAAACAUUAAGAGAGUCCUGCGGCAAGUCUGAUGAAGUGUCAUAUGGAGAAUUUGAAGAUUACUAUGAAGGUCUAAGUAUAGGAAUGGAAAAUGAUGAAGACUUUGUUAACAUCUUACGUACUCCAUGGGGAAUUUAGUUUUUAAUAAUUCAUAUGCCAUCGGCACUAAACAUUUUGCAGGAAGGAUGAAUUGAAUGCAAAGUAUGAUCAAACACUGGAGUAUGUCUUCCUUAUCCUCUUAUUCUCUUGAUCUUAUUUUUUUUUCCAAAAAACUUCAGUCUGUAAGGAGAAAUAUUCAGAAUUAUAGGGAUAUGUGCUCAUAUACAAAUGUGCAUACUUGUCUAUCUGUAAGUUUAUAAAGGUGUGCCUUUUUGAUUUACUACUCAUUUUGAUUAUAUCUUAGAGGUCACUGUUUUUUACUAGCCUCAACAGAAACUGACAUCUGCAUCAAAGUAUGUAAGAGCAUCUAUACAGCAACCAAGUUUCCCAUCAUUUCACUUUUUUUUUUUUUUGCUUCCACAGAACAUAAUUGCUACCCUUCUAAAUUUGAUGAAUUUGAAUUGAGCCCAAAGCUUACAAGACUGAAAUAGUUCAACUUGUUUUAAACAUAUGGAAAUGUUAAAGGAAUUAAAGGAUAUGUGAGAUAAGUUUUCCAAGUAGAGUGAUUAUAGCUGUUUUCUAUACCAUUAAUAUUUAGAAUGAUGGAGAUUUACUCCUACAGUGCUCAUUACAUUGACCUGUCUUGUAAACUUUUGUCUUCUAAAAUAUGUACCAUUAUUUGUUCAGCCAAGCACAAUGUAUUUAUUCUAGUGACCAUGUAUUCGUUAUUUUAUUUUAUUUUAGUUGAAAUCCUAUUACCUGCAUAGAAUUGUUAUUUAGCUGGAAAAAACUGGCGUGAGAGAAGACGUUUCUCUUAUUAAAUAAAGACCUCAAAAGGUGCAUUAUUGCAUAUAUGGACCCAAGAGAUAAUGAGUAAUUCUUACUCAAAAUGUGAAAUCAUAUUUUGUGUGAUAAAAUGUUAUUUUAAACAUCUAUUUUUGGUGUACUAAACAACCAAAACAUUUUUUCUAAAUAUGUAUUUUUUAGUAGUAGUAUAAUCAUUCUCCCUAAAUUCCUUGUUUCUCACUUCAUGUUCACAACAGAUAGAAGAGAGAACAUUAUGUAGUUGUUUCCAAAUUCAUAAUCUUAACUUAUAUGUUAAGAUAAAAUAAAUUGGAAAAAAAAUAUGAACAACAUAAGUGGUUCAAAAAUGAAAACAUGUACUUGGUAGAAUUUGACUUUAGGUAUAUCAGUUCAUCCAUCUAUACCUGGCAACAUUAUCAGAAAUGUGAUACGUGUGAACUCAAUAAAUUCAAAGUUGUACUUUUUGAUAUUUGAGGAAGUACUGAAACUUACUACUGAAAUAUCAGAAAGAAAAUAUGUGUAAACCUUUUAGUGCUGUUCUUACCAUCUACAUUUUUUGCUGCUUUUGACUUUUCCCAGCAAUAUUAUUACAAUUGAAACAAGAUGCUAAAAGAAGUUGAGCAGAAAUAAGUUUAUAAUAUUAUUUCUAAGCGAUAUUUUAUAGAAAAAUUCAUCCAGCU